UGUGUGUGUGUGUGUGCCUGUGAGCCUGUGACACCGAGAUGUUCAUGAUCAUUCGAGAGACGCCGGCUGGAGGAGGCGGUUCUGGAGGGAUGAGCGCGCCACAAGAGAGGAGUGCAAAACAGGUUCAGGCCGCCAUCAAGAAGAAGCUGGAGAAGCAAAAGAGGCAAAACAGCGGGCAGGGAGGAGACGUUCAAACCGCUGCACUUCCUCCUCGCCACCGGAAACCCAGUCAGGUCCCCAAGACGCCGAUGGCGGCGGCCGCUGAGCCGAACAGAGAGCUGCUGGAGGAGGAGCUGGAGGAGAUGAUGGAGGGACAACGGGGGAGAGAGAGGGAGAAAGAAGAAGAGAGGGAGCCAGUCGACCUGCUGCCCAUCGUGGACUCAGUGUUUGGACAGGACAGAGAGCUGAGACCAGAGGAGCUUGAUGAGCUCCGCGAGGCAUUUGUGGAGUUUGAUAGGAACAAAAAAGGCUACAUCAGUCACAACGACCUGGGGGAGUGUAUGAGGACGAUGGGAUACAUGCCGACAGAGAUGGAGCUCAUCGAACUGAGCCAGCAGAUCUGUGGAGGUAAAGUGGACUUCGAGGACUUUGUGGAGCUGAUGGGACCCAAGAUGCUGGCAGAGACAGCAGACAUGAUUGGAGUCAAAGAACUACGAGAUGCAUUCAAAGAGUUUGACUCUAAUGGUGACGGUCAGAUCAGUUUAAUCGAGCUCCGUGAAGCCAUGAAGAAGCUGAUGGGAGAACAGGUGACCAACAGAGAGAUCAGCGAGAUCCUCCGAGACGUCGACCUCAACGGAGACGGUCUGGUGGACUUUGAGGAGUUUGUGCGAAUGAUGUCUCGCUGACCGGCCCAGCUGCCAACAUGUCAGAUGGACAGACAGACAUUAUGCAACUGCUGGAUUAGAGAACAGACUACAUGGUAGUGAACACCCUUCAUCUGCUUGUAAGAGCACACAUCUAAAAUUGUAUUUUUGUAUUGAAUAAUGGAAAAAAGAAAAAAAUGCAUUGAAUGGACCAAUAGUAACCAGUCUACAACUAAUAUGACUAUUCACAUCUGACCUCCUGGUGCAACACAAGAUAAAGCACUUUAAUAGCAGUAAACAUAUCAAAGCUGCUUCAUAGACAACAUUUAUGACUUUGUGAUUUUUAGAUGUAUUUUUAUAUAUCAAUGUUUGAGCUUUGAGUGUAAAAUCUUGUUUGUAAAACUGUAAAAAUCGUAUUUUUAAUUAAAGAAAUGUACAACAAUUUAA